ACGGAAAGAAUACUAAAAACAGGGAAAUAUACCACACAAGACUUUUCCUUCGUUACACCAACUAUAUAAACGAUAGUUAGUUCGACAUUGCAUGUACAGUUCGCAGCUUAGAUUCAUAUCAUCAUCUCAAAACAAGUUCGUCCAUUCUUCCAUAGAUGGCUUCAGCAAAUACUAAUGUGCCAAGAUACAUACCAAAUCUAAGCCCAAGUAAAUCACCAUUUCCACUUCUCAAUAACCAAACAAGUUCAACGAUGGAGAUGGAAUCACCAUUACCAACUCAGAAUGAGCUUGGGACUGGGAGGCAGAGGGGAUCAUUUAGAGACACUAGUUCUUGUACAGGAGCUGAGGCUUUUUUGACAUGGGAUGAUUUAUGGGUCACUGUACCUUCAUCAUCAGGAACUGAUACUAGGGGCAAGAACAAUGGUAAAGCUAUACUUCAAGGGCUUAAUGGAUAUGCUCAGCCUAGUGAGAUCUUGGCUAUUAUGGGUCCUUCUGGUUCUGGCAAAUCAACUCUUCUUGACGCAUUAGCAGGAAGAUUAGCAUCGAACACAAAACAGUCUGGGUUGAUUAAAGUAAAUGGUCGAAAAUCUUUAGCUUUUGGAACAUCGGCGUAUGUCACUCAAGAUGACGAACUCACAACCACAUUAACGGUGAAAGAGUCUAUUUACUACUCUGCUAUGCUCCAACUACCUGAAUCCAUGACAAAUUCUGAAAAGAAAGAGAGAGCAGAAACAACAAUAAGAGAUAUGGGACUACAAGAAGUAAUGGACACAAGAAUCGGAGGAUGGUACAAUAAAGGACUUAGUGGAGGACAAAAGCGAAGAGUAAGUAUUUGUAUAGAGAUCUUAACACGUCCAAAGCUACUCUUUCUAGACGAACCCACAAGUGGUCUCGAUAGUGCAGCAUCUUAUCAUGUCAUGGACAGAAUUGAGAAGCUUACGAAACAAUGUGGAAUGACUGUCAUUGCUUCCAUCCACCAACCAAGCAGUGAAGUUUUUGAUCUCUUUCAUAAACUUUGCCUACUUUCCUUUGGUAGAACAGUUUUCUUUGGUCCAGCCUCUGCAGCAUAUGAGUUUUUCACAUUGAAUGGGUUCCCUUGUCCAACUAAGAGAAACCCAUCGGAUCACUACCUGAGAACAAUCAACAAAGACUUUGAUAAUGUAAGUCUUAUUCAAAAUGAGGACACUGAACAAGGUCUGGAAGGAAACAAUUGUAAACUACUAACUACAGAGGAAGCAACCAACAUUUUAGUGGAGUCAUACAGGUUAUCUCAGUUCUCACAAGAAGUAAAACUUCGAGUAUCCGAAAUUUCUAAUAAGGAAGGGAGAAUACUUGAGAAAGGAAGUCAUGCUUGCUUCUUAACACAGUCAAUUGCCCUUACAAAAAGGUCCUUCGUGAACAUGAAUCGCGAUCUAGGUUACUACUGGUUGCGUCUUGGAAUAUAUAUUUCGAUAUCUGUUUGUCUUGGUACAAUAUUUUAUGACAUUGGCUACACUUUUGAUUCUAUACAGGCUAGAGGUUCAAUGCUUAUGUUUAUAGCUACAUUACUAACUUUCAUGUCUAUCGGUGGAUUUCCUUCUUUCACACAGGAUAUGAUGAUAUUUGAACGAGAAAGAUUAAAUGGGCAUUACGGUGUUACAGCUUUUAUAAUUGGAAACACUCUGUCCUCCACACCUUACUUGCUUAUAAACACCUUAAUUCCAGGAGCCAUUGCUUAUUACUUAGCUGGCCUUCACAAAGGAUUCGAACAUUUUCUCUUCUUUGUUUUAGUAAUAUUUGUAUCUGUGAUAUUAGUCGAGAGCCUAAUGAUGAUUGUGGCGAGUAUGGUUCCUAACUAUCUCAUGGGUAUAAUUAUAGGAUCAGGAAUUCAAGGUGUUAUGAUGCUAAAUGCUGGUUUCUUUAGACUACCAGAUGCACUUCCAAAUCCUUUUUGGAAAUAUCCAAUGUACUACAUUGCAUUCCAUAGGUACGCGAUUGAAGGACUCUACAAAAAUGAAUUUAAAGGAUUAAGUUUUCCUAGGAGUCAAGGAGAAGGAUCAUCAACUAUUACCGGCGAAGAAAUUAUAGAAAAAAUAUGGCAAAUGCCGAUGAGUUAUUCGAAAUGGAUUGAUCUGUAUAUUCUUUUUGGUAUGGUGGUUUUAUACAGACUAAUGUUCUUUGUUGUCAUUAAGACGUCAGAAAAAAUUAAACCCAUUUUAAGAAGUUUCUCAGUUGCACACUAUAAGCCAACAAAACAAUCUAAUCAUGGCGUACCUUAGCUCCUACUUCCAGGCUUCAAUAUUAUUACAUGAUAGCAAUGUAACACAAUUGUAUGUUCAACAUGAUAUAUAUUAUAUUUCUAUUCACGUAA